GUCUCUAUCCAACCAUAUACUCUACAGUCUACACUCGUCAAGUCAUUGCUGUUACGCUUGGUGAGGUCCGAUAUAUACUUGGCUUUGAAUCAUCAUACCAACCGACCACCCUCAUGGCGGACUACCAGUUAUUUGAUGCCUUCCCACAAUAUGAUGACCCGAAGUGGGACAUGGCCAAACAAUACCCCGUCGACUCAUGGGAUUACAUAAACUUCGACAGUGUCAAUCCCAUAGACACCUGGCUCGAUCCCUACUCCCUCUCAGACGAGCCAUCCAAGCAGUCAUGGGAUGCAUCAGUCAACCCACCUGCCGACACCACUUUCCUAAACACAUACGGCUCUCCACUCUCUCCGCCAUUAUCACAAUCAACAGCGAGCCCAUUUCAAAGUCCAAUCCUUAAGGCAGAGUCUCCAGUGCUGCCCGAGGCGUACCCGCCAGUUCAAUCGCCAACGCCGAAGCGAAGAAAAACCGCCUCCCCAACCCCUCGCAACGCCAGCAAGCCGGCGAACAAACCCACCCCCCGCGAACGCAUCCCCCACAAUGAAGUGGAGCGCAAGUAUCGGGAAGGCUUGAACCAAGGCAUGGAGCGGUUACGUCGCGUGCUUCCCAACCUCCCGCAGUCGAACGAUCGGUUUUCGUUCGAUGCGGCCAAGGUCAGCAAGCUGGUAGUGCUGGCAUCGGCGGUCGACUACCUGCAGGAGGUCGAGGGUCAGAUCAAGGGGUUGCAGGAGGAGAACCAGAUGUUGAGAGCGCAGUUGGCGGAGCGAAGAAGAUAAUGAGGGGGAAAGAACAACUGCUUUGUCUUCGACGUUAUAUUUGCGAGCGUUGGGAAAUUGGGCCAGAUCGAUACCACUUCAGGCGUUGUUCAAGGACAUGAACAGAUAUGGAUAACAGCGCCCCUGUGGCCGCUUAAUGGGAUAAUCACGAAUGGAAUAGAUACCGAGACGUGAUUCCAAAAUAGUGUUGGAGAUGGAUCAUUCCAAUCAAUAUUAUUCCUCAGUACGAAAGGAUUUAAGCCAACAGUCCGAGUCUUGAUUUAUAUGACGCCAUUCAAGAAGCUCCAACGCUUCGUAAACGCCACGCCAAUGCAUCCGCAGGUAUAUGACCAGAAUAAACAAAAUGCGCCGCC